AUGUAUUCCAUAUGGCGUACGCUGACUCGCUACUUUUCAACAUCCAGGCUCUGCCUAUCAAACAUUGGUAAAAAACCAAUCAAAAUUACCGAUGGUGUUUCCUACUCAAUCGAAUCGAUCCCCAUAGAAUUUUGCAAAACAUUUACAAAGAGAAACAAACGAUUUGUCUUGGAUAGACAAAUUGUAGUGAAAGGACCACUUGGUGCAAUUAGAACCGAAUUGCCUAAAUUCAUACAUAUUCAUACACCACCAGAGGGUGACAAUCACCAAAUCUCAGUCAAAGUGGAAAGACCACUCAACAAAACCCAAAGGUCUCUAUGGGGUACGAUACGUUCAGCUAUACAAAAUGCAAUUAUAGGGACAAGUGAAGGUCAUUUAUCAAUCGUCAAAUUUGUCGGUACUGGGUACAGAGCUAUAAUUGAAAAGAAUGAAAAGGGAGAAGAUGUGGUUGCAUUGAAAAUUGGGUUCCCAUACACGCCGAAGUUGGUUGUUCCACCUGGAUUGAAAGUGAGUAGUCCUAACCCAGCUAGGUUGGUUAUUGAAGGAUGCGAUAAGCAGCAAGUUAAAUUAUUUGCUUCGUUGAUUAGAGAGUACAAGAAGCCUGAACCUUAUAAAGGUAAAGGUAUCUUUGUUGACGGAGAGACCAUUGUGCUUAAAGAAAGAAAGAUCAAAUAG